AUGUCCUUUCCACCUCCUCCAGGUCUUAAAAAGGCGCCCUCGUCUCUUCCUCCUCGACCACCUCCAUCCAGCAAUGCUGCGCAGCCACCGGGCUAUGGGAACCCACGCCCAGCUAUUACGGCUUUCCAACCGCGUUCCGUAGCCUCUAGUCAACCAUACCGCGCCAGCCCGACGAUCUCAGCCCCACCUGUCUCGUCCGCUGGGUAUGCGUCCAACUACCCUACUUAUUACCAACAACCACAACCUCAAACCUACCAGAGCGAUCCCUCCUCCUACUACGGCGCCCCCUACAAUGAAAGCACAUAUGGCCCAACCGUCCCCCACAUCCAGAAUCCAUUCGGUUCGACUCCUGGCCAGGCAUAUGGUGGUGGACGCCCAGGUCGCGAUGGCGUAGAUGCAGAGACCGAGGCCCAGAUCGCCCAGUGGCAAACUGCUUAUGCUAAGCAGGAUGACUCCGCCGCUCACACAUACGGUGCCCAGUCUACCGCUCCCAGCAGAGGUACCGGAACCCCAAAUACUGGAGCGGCCGGCGCUGGCACCCCACUACCUCAACCUGAACCUCAAAAGACAGUUCCUCGCUCCGGUGGUGGACAAGAGUGGACCGACCCGACACUACUGGAGUGGGACCCGGCUCAUUUCCGUCUGUUCGUGGGCAAUUUGGCUGGCGAAGUCACUGAUGAAUCUUUGUUGAAGGCUUUUGCGCGAUACACGUCCGUGCAAAAGGCGCGUGUGAUUCGGGAGAAGCGCACCCAGAAGAGUAAAGGUUACGGGUUCGUCAGCUUCAGUGAUGGCGAUGAUUAUUUCUUGGCUGCACGUGAGAUGCAGGGCAAGUACAUUGGCUCCCAUCCAGUUCUCUUGCGAAGAGCUGUUACCGAAGUUAAGCCGGUCUCGAAUGUUAAGAGCCACAAGAAGGGUGGAGGCGGUGCCCGAGGCGGGAAUUCGGGAGCCAAGGUGAAGCAUGACGGAGUGAAGAAAUCUGGAAAGACCAAGGGAGGAUUGAAGAUUCUUGGCUAG